GUUGCUGUGUGUUAGCAGCCAGGCGGUCAGUGUGAUCAUCCCAGGACUCAGCAUCAGUGGAGCAGCCGGGGCUCAACUUCCAGCUGAUCGAGGAUCUUCGGAAACUUUGGGGAAACUUCCAAAAAAAUGGGGUGCUUCGAGUGCUGCAUCAAAUGUUUAGGCGGGGUGCCAUACGCAUCACUGGUGGCUACUAUCCUCUGCUUCUCUGGGGUUGCCUUGUUCUGUGGGUGUGGCCAUGUGGCUCUCAGUGGAACUCAGAACAUCCUGGAAGCUCACUUCUCUAAGGUGGCCAGUGACCACGCCAUGCUGACUGACAUAAUACAGCUGAUGCAGUAUGUCAUCUAUGGCAUCGCCUCCUUCUUCUUCCUGUACGGGAUCAUUCUGCUGGCUGAGGGUUUCUACACUACCAGUGCCGUCAAGGAGCUGCACAGCGAGUUCAAGACCACCAUCUGUGGACGCUGCAUCAGUGGAAUGUUUGUGUUCCUCACAUACAUCCUUGGUGUGGCCUGGCUUGGUGUGUUCGGCUUCUCCGCUGUGCCCGUCUUCCUCUUCUACAACAUGUGGUCCACCUGUGCCGCCAUGAAGUCCUCCACGGCCAACCUCACCAACAUCGACUCCAUCUGUGUGGAUGUUCGUCAGUACGGAAUCAUCCCAUGGAAUGCCACACCAGGCAAAGCCUGUGGAUCUACGCUAGGAGACAUCUGCGACACCAGUGAGUUCUACCUGUCUUAUCACCUGUACAUCAUAGCGUGCGCUGGUGCAGGAGCCACUGUGAUCGCUCUGAUCCACUUCCUCAUGAUUCUCUCAGCAAACUGGGCCUACCUAAAGGACGCCAGUCACAUGCAUGCCUACCAAGACAUCAAAAUGAAGGAAGAGCGGGAGCUGCAGGACAUCACUUCACGCUCAAAGGAAUGCCUCAAUUCCUACACAUAAGGAUAAAACACACUCACACUCUACAUAUAAAAAUACACAUACAUGUAAAAAAAAAAACAAAGAAAAUCCUCACACACAGACACUUUGGCCAAACACUGCCGGCUCCUUUGGACCAAGACAACGCUCAGCUCAGCUACAAUAACCUGCCAACUGCCUUGAACCUGCAGUACUAACCAGGCUCCUAACACACUAAUGCAUCAGUGCUGCUUUCUGCACUAACUUGCUUCUCAAAGUUUCUUUUUUUUUUUUGCUUCUUUUUAUGAAUGAAGGGAAAGAAAGUUUUGAAAUGUGAUAUUCAUGUAGUGUUUGAUUUCCUUUUUAAGCAAGUGGAGCUUGAGACAUUGCACUAUUCUGAAUGAAAUGUUUGUUUUACAGACUUGCUCUCUUCCUAAAAGCUGUUGAUGGUUUUUUUCAAAGAGAGGAAAGGGAGUUUGACAUCUUAUGUUGUCUUUUGUUCCAGUUUUAAAUGUAGAUGAAUAUAAUGAAACAUGAAAAGCCUUACACCCAAUCUGAGUUUGCAAAUCUGUCACCUUUAAAUCAGUUUACGCUGCACUGACGCAAGAUUUUUUUUUUUUUUUUUUUUUGUUUAACCUCCCAGGGAGUGGUAAAAGUAAAAAUAGACAAGAGUUGUGUCAUAAUCUUAGCGAUAACUCAAGUGUUAUAGCUGGCUUAACAUUCUGAUUGUCAUCAUACAGCUCAUUAGAAAUCACUCAAAUCAAUAAUGGCCAACAUCAACGCUACCUCAGAUAAGAAGUAAGGACUUUGAAGCAUUUUACCAAGAACAAAAUGUCCACGUUAAAGCUCCUGUGAGAAAUUUUUAGCCCAAUAAGAAACAGUCAAAAAUCAAUACAGAUGCCUCUUUAUGAUAGGAGACAAGACAAGUUAUUUAAGAAUAGUUUUAACAUCUGAAACAUCUGCUGAAAGUAAUGGACAGCAAGCUGAAGAAAUUGCUUUUUAUUUAACAUUUUACACACAAAAAAUAUCUUGAUGACUGAUUUUAUAUGACUGAGAUUUUUUGAAUAGAAUAGGGCUGUCAAGAUAAACCAUGAUUAACUAAGAACCACCAGUAGAGCAGUAUUUUUUCACUAUUUUCACUAAGGUGUAAAAUCACUAUUAAUCAUGCUUUAUAGUUCAUUUCAGCACACUUCGGUUAAGCUACUGCAGAUUCUCCCUGCAGCCACAGUGAUGUAGAUAGAGUCCAUGGCUCUAGACAGCUCAGUGGGCAAAUCAAAAGGCAUCUGCACAUUAAGUUAUAGAACAUUUACCUUUACCUUUUCAAUCCGUAACAGGCUCUUUUUUCUGUUAUAAUCUUAGAUCUAACUAUUAAAGCAGGUCUGCAUCCAAACCCUCAGUUUAAGAUGGAAAAAUGAGCCAAAGUUACACAAUAAAAGUUUUAAAUAAAAAAUAGUGGAAUUUUAAAAUGCAAUAAAAAGGGUGAGAUUAAUCAUGAUUACUACAGAAAUUCUGAGUCUAACUGGGAUUGAACAUUUAAAUAAUUUGACAGCCCUAGUAUAAAAACAUACCUAUUUAGACUAGUUCUAAGGAUGUAAGCCACAGGUGGCACUAAAAUUUCCAGAAACUCAAAGUUCUUCACAGGAGCUUUAAAUAAAUGUUAGAAAUCUUACAAGCCUCAGACACAACUUAUUUUAGGGCAGUGGUUCUCAACUGGUCAGGCAUCAGGACCCCCAUUUUUUAAUGCAAAAUGUUCCAGUUUGGACCCUAAAUUGAAAAAACAUCAGAACAAAGAGGCAGGGCAAAACAAACACAUUAAAGAAGCACAUCAAUACAGAAGGAUUUGCCUGCCUACAUGUUAUUUUACUGCAUUUUCCUGAGGUAGCAUGGACAUUCGGUCAUUUCUCUUGGAAUUCCUUAUCAUAUGUGAACCAGCUGUGUUAUGCACCAAAAAAGGAGAAAAAUGGGAAGAAAUCUUGAGACUAGUAAGGAAAUUGACUCGUCAUUGUAAGAACACCUAAAAACGCAUGUAUGGAUCUAAUGUAUGUCCAUGUAGGACUACUGAAGAUAAACUUCUUGCAACAUUUUUUCCCCUAACACACAUUAGCGACCCACCAGUUGAGAACCACUGUUUAAGGUCACUCACACUAGGCCUAAUUGCUCUGUACCAAGCUCAAGCCCAAUUGUCCCCCUUUCCUAGUCCCCUGCUCUCAUUGCCCCCAGCCCAAACACACCUAUGCACAGAUAUGCCCCCACUUUAUAACAUACAAAGUUUACAAGAAGGUCUUGUAACUUUAACUCACUGUGUGGCUUAUUUUGAGUUGCUUGGGUCUGGUGCAGCUAACACUCCACCAUUGUUUAAAAUCAGGAGGAACAGUUGUAUGGAUUAUACAUCACGUCCAUGUUGCACACCCAUGCUUGCCUGUGCACGAGCAAUCAUACCGUACCAGAGCCAAGGGAGUGAGCCAUGCUUGAGCACAUUCAAAUUAGACAAACAAACUGGACUUUGGGGGUCAAAUGUGCUUGGGGGCAGCCUUGUGUGAGUGAACCCUAAGAGAAAUUCCAAGUAUCAUAGGGUUUCACUUUUAUGCCAUAAGAUUAGCUUGCUUGCUAACAGUUGACUGCUGCCAUAAGAAGGUAUUUUAUACCUUCAGAAUUUGGUCUGCUGGUAUUCAUUUAUGUAAAACUUCCUUUAUUCUACAACAAAGCUCAUCUGAUAUAUUUUGUACGAUCUGGUCUGAUAUUGUUGGAUGUGGUUAGGAAGCACUCGAGUUUGAAAAUCUUCCAAGGAAACAAGUGUAGUAUGCCCCAUGUGCAAUGGUACUACAACCCCUACAGAGCUAAAAUGUGAAAGUGUUACAAGACAAGAUUUUUUAGUUUUACUUUCAACCAUUUCCCCCCUUAUUCUCUAUAAUUGCACCUGUUUUUAUGUGCAAUUGUUACAAUGCUGAUAAAUGUAAUCUUUUAUUACUAUUAGCUGAGUUACAGUGAUAACUUGAAAUUUCUUUGUUGCAUGAUGACAUGUUAUGUACAGUGGUGUAUACUGACAUCAGUAGUAGGCAGUGUUUGCCUGUUUCCCUUUUUUCUAACUGAAUGAAAAUUAAUCCUUUUUAUGUAGAGUGAUUAAUUGUAGGCGUUAGCUUUAGCUUCUUUAGUUCCAGUCAGAGUAUAAGAGUCUUAUAUAAAUAUGUUGCUUGAUAGUAAACUUGUUUUUCUAUGAAUGUCAAGGGCUUCCUUGUGAGUUAUUGCUGCCUAACUUUUAAUUCACUUAAAUGUAACAAUUAGUUGCAGCACCAGUCUUUUUUUUAUAAACGUUUCACAAUCUAAAAGGUUAAUUUAGCCAAAGUAUGAAUGUGAUUGUGUCACUCUGCCCAGUAUUUUAUCGUUGCCCAGUAUUUUUUACCUCUGGGUGAUGCAGUACAAAACCUGCAUUUACUCUGCAGGUUUACAGAUGUUUAUAAGAAUGUUAACAUCUGGUCACUGUAUGCUGUGGUUUCUUUAUCAUGACCAAAAACAGAGGAACAAAAGCUACCUAUUAAUCACCAGGAGGACAACAAUCUAGCAUCCUGUCUGACUGGAAACCCCAUUAUGGCAUUAUUCAA